GCGCGCUCUGACCUUCAGCAGCCGGGGCCGGGCGGGCAAGGCAAGGCAAGGCAGGCAGCUCGUGAAGGAGGCUGACGAGGCCGCAGCAGCUGAAGAGACCCCGCCGCCGGAGCCAGGAUGCUGUCCCGAGGAGCCGCCCUGGCCGGUGGCGUCGCCGCCUUCUCCCAGCCGCAAUGGGUCCAAGUUAGGAAUAUGGCAACUUUGAAAGACAUUACCCGUCGCUUGAAGUCGAUCAAGAACAUCCAGAAAAUCACGAAGUCCAUGAAGAUGGUUGCUGCAGCGAAAUAUUCCAGAGCGGAGAGAGAAUUAAAGCCUGCCAGAGUUUAUGGAACAGGGGCAUUGGCUCUCUAUGAGAAAGCAGAAAUCAAGGCACCUGAGGACAAGAAGAAGCACCUCAUCAUUGGGGUGUCUUCUGACCGUGGUCUGUGUGGUGCGAUCCAUACAUCUGUUGCUAAAAUGAUCAAGAGCCAAGUCUCCAGUCUCACAGAUGCGGGUAAAGAAGUCAUGGUGGUCGGAGUGGGUGACAAGCUGAGGGGCAUCCUUCAAAGGACGCAUAGCAAGAACUUCCUGUUGAACUUCAAAGAAGUGGGAAGAAAGCCCCCCACCUUUGGAGAUGCCUCAAUCAUUGCCCUGGAGCUUAUGAAUUCUGGAUACGAGUUUGAUGAAGGAAAUAUCAUCUACAAUCGGUUCAGGUCUGUCAUCUCCUACAGGACAGAUGAGAAACCGAUCUAUUCUCUUGAGACUGUUUCAGGCGCUGAGAGCAUUAGUGUGUAUGAUGACAUUGAUGCAGAUGUCCUGCGAAACUAUCAGGAAUUUACCUUGGCUAACAUCAUCUACUAUUCUCUGAAGGAGUCUACUACUAGUGAACAAAGUGCUAGGAUGACUGCCAUGGACAACGCUAGCAAAAAUGCCUCUGAGAUGAUUGACAAGCUGACUCUGACCUUUAACCGCACCCGCCAAGCUGUCAUCACCAAGGAACUUAUUGAGAUCAUCUCUGGUGCUGCUGCUCUGAACUAAGGGGCUAAUCAGAAAGUGAGUUUCAUCCAAAGUCAACAGGUAAAGAGAAGCUCUUCUGGCAAGCAGUUUAUCCUGCUUCCUUUCUAGAGAGAGAAGAUGGUUGGUCCAUCAUUCUGUGAAAAAAAUUUCAGGCAAAGAACCCCAACUGUUUGUAAAUCAUAUUUCAAUAAAGUCCUACAUGAAAGA